AUGUGGAAAAUUCUAGGUUUUAAACGAAAGCUACAUAUUGCAUACCGCGUGUUUCUGGAUCGUACUGCUCCUGUGCCAAGAGCUACGGACCGACCCGAUCGCAGAGAUAGGACCAUCCUCCGGCAUCCUGAUUCAAGAGACACCAGGGUUCAUCUUGACAGAGAAGAGGAUCCUGACCUGACGUGUGUUCGUCAGCUUGGACCCCAAGAUUUCCAUCAAGAAGGCAUACAACAUUUCAUCGAUGCAACUUCCUGA